AUUCGAAUCUUUAUCAAUGGCAUUCAUAUGUCUUCGGAAAAUCUGACAUAAUUCGCGCUUAUCAUUGCAUGGGUACUUCAUAUCGGUUGAUAAAUCCGUCUUUUAACCCCUCAAGUCUUUGUUCUUAUCUACUUGGUACAUAUAGGUAUCCACGCCACCCCCUUAUUUCUAGCGAGCUGUGUAUGACCUGGAGGGGACAAGAACUUUGUAUAGCAAACGCUAGAGUAUGUCCGCUGACUUCUGGGCCGGGUACAUCAGCGGAGCUGUUGGCAUAUUAAUCGGCAACCCGCUAGAUCUCAUCAAAGUGCGGCUACAAGCUCGCGAUACGAUAGCCACUCAGACCGCCACGUCAUAUGUGCGACAGUUCGAGAGCAAAUCGGCUUUGGUCGCCGGAACCGCAGCACCCGUGCUCGGGUACGGCGCCUUGAAUGCUCUACUAUUCGUCUCAUAUAACCGUAGCGAAGCGGCUCUCAAUACCGCAUUUAGUACCCAAUCGAAUCUUUGGACGACGUGGCUGGCUGGUGCCAUCGGUGGGCUUGCUACAUGGGUUGUGAGCACUCCUACCGAGCUCAUAAAAUGUCGUGCUCAAUUGUCUUCACCCCCCGAGUCAAGCUGGACCAUCGCUAGGCAAGUCCUCAAAACCGAAGGCAUCAGGGGUUUGUACUUCGGUGGUGUCAUUACAGCAUUGAGGGAUAGUAUCGGAUAUGGAUUUUACUUCUGGUCUUAUGAGCUGAGUAGCAAAUGGGUCGAGUCUAAUCGGCCGAACGCCUCGGCUUUCUCACAAGACGCCGCGAAGGUCUUGCUUUGCGGGGGCUUGGCUGGCGUCGUCACUUGGGCUAGCAUAUUUCCCCUUGAUGUGAUCAAGACUAGGGUUCAGGCGCAAACUUUCGGCGCGGAAACAACGCCUCUGCUUGGUUCUCUCUCCGGACAAAGACGCUUGGGUGCCGUUGAUACCGCUAUAAACGCGUAUAGAGAAGGAGGCGCGCGAGUAUUUUUCAGAGGAUUGACCGUAUGCAGCGUCAGGGCCUUCAUUGUCAACGCGGUCCAGUGGGCUGUUUAUGAAUGGAUUAUGCUCGAACUCGGUCAAGGAAGAGAUAAAAGAUUAGGCCAAGAUGACAACACAACAUUACGAGCGAAAGAACUGUAUUGAUAUCGCACAUAACUGAGAAGUAACCGAGUAACUCGACCGAGAAUACCCCUCAUUGCUUAGACAUCUAUUUGCCCCUGAGGGUAUCUCGUACCAACUUAAAAGAUUGUGGUACCACACGAGUGGCUC